CCUACUUUGAAUACACUUUUUCCUUGAUGGAUUAAACAAGAGUAGGAAACCUCUUAUCUACUGGUUUUUCGAGUUCAACAUACAUCAUGCAUGAAGACUGAAGACUGAAGAGUUUUAUUAAGCAUGAUAAGAUCAUGGGUAACUGGUUCUGUUUGGUUCAAGUUGAUCAAUCCACAGUCGCCAUCAAGGAAUCAUUUGGAAAGUUUGACGAUGUUCUCCAGCCAGGUUGUCAUUGCGUGCCAUGGAUCUUCGGAAGGAAGCUUGCUGGACAUCUCACCUUAAGGCUUCGCCAGUUGGAUGUCAAGUGUGAGACCAAAACAAAGGACAAUGUCUUUGUUAAUGUUGUAGCUUCUAUACAAUACCGUGCUCUCGCUGAUAAAGCAAGUGAUGCCUUUUAUAAACUGAGUAACACAAGUACCCAAAUCCAGGCCUAUGUUUUUGAUGUUAUAAGAGCUACUGUUCCAAAGCUUAACCUUGAUGAUGUUUUUGAGCAAAAGAAUGAAGUUGCCAAGGCUGUUGAAGAUCAACUUGAAAAGGCAAUGUCUGCAUAUGGUUUUGAGAUUGUUCAAACACUCAUUGUCGAUAUAGAACCAGAUGAACGUGUAAAGAAAGCAAUGAACGAGAUCAAUGCAGCUGCAAGGAUGAGAUUGGCAGCUACUGAAAAAGCCGAAGCUGAUAAAAUUCUGCAAGUCAAGAGAGCCGAGGGUGAGGCUGAAGCCAAACACCUGUCUGGUUUGGGAAUUGCACGCCAACGUCAAGCCAUUGUGGAUGGUUUAAGAGACAGUGUGUUGGGCUUCUCUGUCAAUGUGCCUGGAACCACGCCUAAAGAUGUUAUGGACAUGGUUCUAGUGACUCAAUAUUUUGACACCAUGAAGGAAAUUGGCGCCGCAUCGAAAUCCACAGCCGUUUUCAUCCCUCACGGACCUGGUGCUGUCCGUGAUGUGGCUUCUCAGAUCCGUGAUGGACUUCUUCAGGGCCAUGCCACCACCUCAUCAUCACCUUUGAUUUGAUAUAAUGAUAUGUAUCUUAAAAAGUACAAAGUUUUGUGUUUGUUUUAAUUGUUUGUGUUCAUGUUCUGCAACUUAUUUGUUUCAUGUCUAUAUAUAUGUCAAUAAUCAAUAAUGUACCUUUAUGUAUUAUAUACAACCAAGAAGAUAUUUCUGUUGGGGAAUUUCGCUAUAAA